UGCCCCGGCCCGCGCCUGGGCCGCCCCGGGCGGGUCUCCAUGCCCGCUUCCGUGCGUGACUUAGCGUUUGGUCUUGGAGAAUGAGCUCCUGAGGAACCGCGCGGCCGGCCUGCCCGCACCUGGCUAGCACCGCAGCCUGGAGCCCCGGCACCAUGGGGCUGCCUCCAGGCCCCGCCGUGCUCCCGCACGCGCUGCUGCUCCUGCCAGGCCUGCUCAGCUCAGGUUGGGGGGAGUUGGCACCACAAAUUGAUGGGCAGACCUGGGCAGAGAGGGCACUUCGGGAGAAUGAGCGCCAUGCUUUCACCUGCCGGGUGGCGGGCGGCCCUGGCACACCUCGACUGGCCUGGUACCUGGACGGACGGCUACAGGAGGCCGCCACCUCAAGACUGCUCAGUGCGGGUGGGGAGGCCUUCUCUGGAGGGACCAGCACCUUUACUGUCACUGCUCAGCGGGCCCAGCGUGAGCUCAACUGCUCCCUGCAGGACGCAGACAGUGGCCGGCCAGCCAAUGCCUCUGUCAUCCUCAACGUGCAAUUUAAGCCAGAGAUUGCCCAGGUUGGGGCCAAGUAUCAGGAAGCUCAGGACCCAGGCCUCCUGGUUGUCUUGUUUGCUUUGGUGCGCGCCAACCCACCUGCCAAUGUCACCUGGAUUGACCAAGAUGGGCGAGUGACUGUCAAUACCUCUGACUUCCUGGUGCUGGAUGCCCAGAAUUACCCCUGGCUCACCAACCACACUGUGCAGCUGCAGCUCCGCAGCCUGCCACACAACCUCUCGGUGGUGGCCACCAAUGAUGUGGGUGUCACCAGCGCCUCGCUCCCAGCUCCCGGACUCUGGGCCUCCCGGGUGGAGGUGCCUCUGCUGGGCAUCGUCGUGGCUGGAGGGCUUGCCCUGGGCACUCUCGUGGGCUUCAGCACCUUGGUAGCCUGCCUGGUCUGCCGGAAAGAGAAGAAGACCAAAGGCCCCUCCCGGCGCCCCUCUCUGGUCUCUAGUGACUCCAACAACCUGAAGCUCAACAACGUGCGCCUGCCGAGGGAGAACAUGUCCCUCCCGUCCAACCUGCAGCUCAACGACCUCACUCCGGACCCCCGAGCAGGGAAGCCAGCGGAGCAGCCCAUGGCUCGCCACAGCAGCCGGCCGGAGCUUCUGGAAGCGGAGACCGGGGGCCUCCUCACCAGCCGAGGCUUCAUCCGCCUGCCCAUGCUGGGCUACAUCUACCGAGUGUCCAGCGGGAGCAGCGAUGAGAUCUGGCUGUGAGCCGGGAGCACCCUGAGCACCCCAGCCAUCUUCUACCUGGCCACGCCGCUGCCGCCACUCCCGGAAAGAGCACCCCCCCGCCCCCCACGGGCCGGGCACAGGGAUCCUGGGCGGGUCUGCCAGCCGGAACUCAGUCCCUGGCGCCUCCUUGGACCGGGCACCUGCGCGUGGUGCCCAGGCCCCAGCGGGGGACACUGGCCAGGUGUGUCCCGGUGUCACCUGUGCGGUGCCCCCGGGGUCCUCCUCCUUGGCACCCUGUGCAGGGGGCAAGGAGGGCCCUGCAUGCCCCGGAUGUCCUUCCUCUGCUCUGCAGCUUUGUUCCCUCAGGGAAAAUGCAGUCCCCGACUAGCUGCCCCGGCCCUGGCCCCGGGGCCUUGGCCAAGCACCAAGGAGCCCCUCUUGCUGCGGCUGCACCCCUCUGCCCCCCCUGUGCCCCGCUCCUCUUGGGCAUGAUAGGUUCCGCCCUGUGCCUCCUCUGGCAUCCCCCUUGGCCCCGCACCCGCGGUGCUGCCGAGGGGGAGAAGUGAUGUCUGGUGGCCUCCAGGGUAGCAUGGCACUGUGCUUCGUGGUCUGCUGUUCGCACUUUAAGCACAUCCCCAAGGGGAUGGAGGCCUAGGGCCCGGAGCCCCCCGGCUUCCCCAGUCCCCCGUUCUCAGGAUCCAUGGACUCCCUCCCUCUCCGCAGGCCUCCCUCCCACGGGACCCCAGCCCCGAGCAGCCUGGUCCUUAGGGGCUGGCUCUAGCAAGCACAUAGGGGGGCACGGAGAAAGAGGGAGGCCAGACACCCCCAGAUGACCUAAGAAUGCUUUCAGAAGCAACACGGAAGUGCUUGAAAAAUAGAGUGCAGAGUAUAUUUUUCCCUCGUUGCUAUCUUGUUUUGUAAUUUUUCUCAGGUUAACUGCCUAGGACAGUGCUGAGCACAGUAAACUCAAACGUGAAUAUGA